AUGAAGUUGUCUACCUUUGCUACCCUCUUUGCUCUUUCGACGGCUUUAGCAGCCGUGCUGGAACCCAGACAACAAUGCUCCAUGUCGGACGCUUGUUACAGUGCCGUCUUUGGCGAUGGCAGCUUCUCACGCGUUGUUCAGGCAGUGGAGGACUGUGAGGACUUUCUCACUACCAGCGUGAUUUGGCACCCCAUGUAUGUGAAUGCGCCUCUUGGAGAUGUCUACUUGGGAACUCGGACUGAUCAUGUUUACUGCAGUAUUACUCUUACGGUUCUCAGUCAGACCGUCUCAACGACGACUUCACCAUGCCCACCCACUGUGCCCGUGACACCAAGCGAGGCACUGCCCCAGUCGACAGUGUCGCAGGGUAAACGACUUGUGGUGCGCCAGGCUCUCCCUACAGAUUUCUCCACCACUACCGUAUUUGGGCCGCGACCUUCGUAUGCCACGCAGGCCUGUAACUCUGGGGCCUACUCGUCUGCCUGCUCAUGUGCAAACAUUACUACCGCCUUGGUGUCGUAUCUUGGAACAGUAAGUAAGCUCGUAGAUGUGGAGGGAGACUGGACAGAAAGGAAAUAUGUUUUGGAAUGCUAA